UUUUCUAUCUUUUCCCAUUGUGCAUUAAAUAUUUGUGUGUUUCUCUAUCAUCUUUUUAUGAUCAACUAAUGGUACUGGACCUUUUUUUGUCUCCCUCUCCACUCGCUUAUUCAUAAACGCUUCGAAAAAGAUAUCAAAUCCAAUAUCCUCUUGUGUGUGUGUUUCUAGUUUCUACUUAUGACAGAUUAGAAAUUCAAGAAUCAUUGAAUCAUCAUCAUGAAUACUACUCUCCACAUUUUCCUCUACUUCAUGAUGUUCACCAUUUUGUUCCUCAAUCUUGGCCUCCAAUCAGGAAAUUUCUUGCACUUCAAUGGUGAUGCAAACACAACAACUCUUUCCAAUCUCAAACCACAACAAGCUCACUUCAAACAUAGGAAACUCAUGCUACAUGGGGAGUGCUCAAAAUGGGACAUAAGCAUCUCACAAAGCAGGUAUCCAACAUCAGGAAUCCCAGAAUUCAUAGUGCAGAUUGUGAAUACGUGUGUGACUGGGUGUGCACCUUCCAACAUUCAUGUGAGGUGUGGGUGGUUUGCUUCGACAAGAAUGGUGAAUCCUAGGACUUUCAAAAGGCUGUCUUAUGAUGACUGUUUUGUUAAUGGAGGCCUCCCAUUGAAGAGCAGCCAGAGCAUUAGGUUCACAUAUGCAAAUUCUUUCAUGUAUCCUCUCGAGUUUAAGUCUGCCAGCUUCUGCUGAAAAAUCCAGAGAGAGAAAGGGGUUUUGGGAAUUAAUUGGAUGCAAAUUUAAGAAGGGUAUAUGCUACAUACUAAAUGAAACAUGAUUUGUUCAAGAAUCUGAUGAAGAUAUCAUAGAUUCCUGUAUAAAUCUUGUCAAUUUGCAUGUGGGGAAUGUGUAAUUAGAUUGGAUUAAUUAGAUUUUUUGUGAUAGAUUUUUACUAUAUAAGUAUAUUCUCUCGUUCUUACUUAA